CUGGCACACACCUCUUUGACAAAACUUACUGCACACGCCCACUUCUACAAAACUGGGCGUAUUUAUCACAGCAUACAUCUAUCUGUACUGUGAUCACAGAAACUUAACCAUGACUGAAGCAGCUACAGCCGAAGCUACAGAUCUUUCAGCAGUGGAUAACAAAACACUUGGGGAGGAGGACAUGUUUGACGUAAUUGAAGCUCUCUCUCCUGUUGCCGCAAAAUGGAAGGCUAUUGGAACAGCUCUCAGGAUAAGGCGUAACAAGUUGGAUGAGUUCGAGAGCACACACAAGGGAGAUGUUCAGGAUUGUUUAGCUGACACAGUAGCAGAGUAUGUGCGUAUGGGCUAUGACACCAAAAAGCACGGAGAGCCAACAUGGCUGAAGAUAAUCAAAGCAGUAGAGCAUUCUGCUGGUGGAAACAACAAAGCACAUGCUAUUGCCAUAGCGAAGGAUCACAUUUUAAAUCAUGAAUCAAGUGCCAAAGAUGUAUUGCUGGCAGAGGAAGGCAAUUCUCACCUCCUUGAGGCUCUUUCACAGAAACUGCGAAAACAGUUGGAAUCAAUUAAGACACUUCUAAUAGAUUCUGAAGAGGAUGAGCAACAGAAUGUACGGUGUGUAAAAAGAGCCUUGCUCGGCUUUAUAAAGGACACGUUGAAAUCUGGAAUUGGGCCCGACAGUGUCAGGAAAGUCCUUGCUAAGAUGUAUAGCUGUGACCUGCUUGUAGACAACAGCAUUUACGAAUGGGCUUUGAGAGAAAUUGGUUUAUUAGAUAAAGAGGCAAGCCAGCCUCUAGAGGAGCAAAAACUCCCCAUUAAAGAAGAGGUUUUACCACUCUUCAGUAAAGAUAUUGUCUACCAUGCUUGCUUGUGUAGUCUAGCCACUAGCACUUGCACUGUUGCCGACUACAAAGAUUUCUUCAACAAGAGGUUUCCUGAGCACUCCCUCGAAGAAGCGUCACUCUCUCGAUCACAAGACAGAGAAGAUGUCGAUCGCUACCUCAUCGCUAGACAGGAAAAAGUGUUCUAUGUUGCUUUCCGGAGUGAGCCAUUCCUCUCAGACUGGAUGAAGAAAUUCACUUCUUUUGAACAAGGAAUUCAGAUACAAAGUGAUAGGAUUCCACUGCGAUUCUUUGUUCGUCAAUUGCACGACGGAUAUCGAAUUGUAUUCACAGGUUUCUCAUUUGGGGGUCUACUGGCCAAAGCAGUGGCUGCUAGGAUGUGGAGAGAGCCACUCCUCAGUGUGGAAUCUUUGCAAGAGAAUGUUGCCUGCAUCACACUAGGUGCCCCAAUGAUCACCCUCCCUGUGGUUACCAUGGCAAUGGAAGAGACCCCUCAGUUUGGGAGCACUGUCCAUUCAAUUAUGUUGGACUCUGACCCCAUCCCCAAAUUGUGCAUGUUUUUGGACCCCCGUUGUGAGGAGGUGGGUUCUGAGGUGCUGCUCCCCAGUCUUCGGAAAUCACUGGAGAAUUUCCAAGGAAGUUUCACCUCAGAUUUAACAUGCAACUUUGGUAUUUUCCAGGACAGUGGUAACUCUAAGGGUACCGAUUUGGAUGCACCGAAUGCACUUGCUUCCAUUAAGUCUGUACUGGGCAAAGCUCUUCCACAGUUUCUGGCCCGCCUACCUAAGCUGACAACUAUAGGAGAUGUAUACUCAGUUUUGAUGGAUCCUUCUAAAGGUCUGGUGUUCAAGAAUCUUGAAAGUCAAGAAUUGACUGCAUUCUACGAGUUUGCUUCUCUUCCUUCUAUCGAUCAACUUUCUUUUGAGAUGUUUAUAAAGCAUAAUGCCGAAUCUUACCAACAAGCUGUCUUCAGGAGCUACAUCAAGCAACCACCUAAACCUGGCUCACCACUACAAAAUCUAAAUGUCGUAACACCAUCAAUCACAUCUGUCGAUUUCCGUCGCCAUGGUAGAGAGGUUUCGGUGACAGUGAAUGGCAACAACCUGUGGUUCUGUUACCAUAUUCAAGUUGCUCAAUACAAGACGAAGGUCUGUGCCAAAGACACCAGUCAGCACUCACUGCAGUUUAACUAUGAUGCUGAAAAUGAUACGAGGAUCGUCAUGGAUGCUGAUCAUGUUAAAGCAGCACUUUCUAGUCAGUUCUCCAAUCCAGUGAAAGACGGUCAAGUACAAGUCUCACGAAAGGUAUUUCAUUUCACCUUUCGACAAGAGCAGCUUGCUAAACUCACUCCCUCGGAGCUGAUCGAGACAGCAUAUCUAAGUACUCUGCUGGAACAGCACCCUCACACAACCAAGUUGAAGGUGUUCUCUCAUCGAUUCAACACAGUUAAACAUUUCUUGGAGCAGAUAGUUUCUGUUGUUCCUAUUGAGAGCAUUUUUCAUACAAUUGCCAUAUCUGAUGAUCUAGAGAUUAUGACCAGAUGUUGUAGCCUUUUGGAGUCUUCUCAGCUCGAUCUUCCUCCUUCCCUUCUGUUGUUAACAGGUGGUGAAAGUGCUUUUUGGGUUGCUCAAACUCUUACCACAGGUCAGCCUAAAAAACUUAAUUCAAAUGAAGAUCAGUAUCUUAACUGGAAGCAGUUCGUAUCAGGUAAAACUGUGACGAGAGAAACAGCUCGUGCACACUACCAGAAGUAUGCUAAGCAAACCUCUCGAGCUACUGGUGCCACUACUGUCAAUAAAAUUAUUGACAGGGAAGCUUUCUACGCAAAACAGUCCCAUCAAGCGCACUACUAUCAGGGUGGGACAAAAUUUACCCAAAGUGAUGCACAUGAAUAUUUGCAAACCAUUUUACCAAGUCACCCUAAUCUCCAGCUAUUGUCUCGCAUACUAUUAUUGUCUGGCAGAGUAUCAAGGAAUACCCAAAAUUAUGAACAGAUAAAUGCUAUCAAUGAUUUAAAGCUCGGUAUGAUCUACCCAACUCUGGAUUCUCAAGAAAGAUCACCAUUAGAAAUUCUUGUUGUUAGUCGAAAGAAGCUAUCACAGCUAUCACAGCAAUCAAUCAGUGAUUCAAGUGAUACAAGUUUGAAAGAAGACCAACGACAGAGGCUCUCCCAACUGUACAACUCAAAGAUGUUAGACUUAGUUAACUACAUUCGCUCUAAGGAUCUUAAAAUGUGCACAUACCUUUUGGGGGCGUUCAUGGAAAAUCAAAUCAAAGUUCCUUUAGUCAAGUCUGAGUUCAACACAGCUAAGGCACUAGGUGCUCUUGUGAAUGCUGCCGCUGUUGGUGUAUGGGCAAUGUUCAGUCUCUCCUUAGGUGACAUGAAUGCAGUCAUUCACUCAAUUCCUUCCGGAUCUCUUCUGGUGCAAGUCAAGGAGUACAUUAGAGGCAUCUUUGCUGAGAAGACAACCACUGCUGAUCACAACUAUGCUGGCAAGCUCCAGUUUUUGAUUCAGGGAAUGGACAAGACAGUCAGUUGCAACACUCACUACAUCAGCUACUCACUCGAACGCCAACUUAUUGAGCUCUGCAAGAAGCUAAACAUCAGCGAAUCGACCCCUCUCGAAGUAUUUGUACGAGACUGGGACAAGCUCUUCAAAGAAGACGUCCUUUCUCUGGUUGUUCCCACACAUCGCUCUCUGAUAGCCUGCUGGAUUAAGUGGGCUCUCAUGAUACACAAUCUGAGGGAGGAGCUGGCCAAGUACACAACUGUGGGCGUGGUGGGGCUCGUCAACUCGAGGAAGUCCCUCCUCGUUAGCACCCUCUUCAACAUUGAGGUCCCAGUUGGUACCACAGCUGUCAAGCGUACCACAAUCCCGUUCCUAUACAAUCUUGAGGGUGUGAUUGAUGGAAUGGACGUGAUCGACUUCCCUGGUGUGGAUGACAGAGAUGACACUAUUCCUGACCUAUGUGAGCUCCUCCUGGCCCUCGCACAAGUGGUCAUCUUCGUAGUGGACUACAGGAAAGCACACACCCAGUCAGCCAAGAAAUGGCUUGAGAUGCUGGAGGACAAAUCAGUUCCUGUACUGGUGUGCCUCACCUAUGCUGACAAGCUCUACGCUGAGCACAUGGGCAAAGAUGGCUCCCACCCCGACGCCAGCUACAUCAAACAAAGAAUCACUGAGGAAUGCUCAAUGAUCAGGGAGCAGCUUGGUGAUGUGCCGUCUCAUGAAGUGCAGCUCUUCUCAUUCAGCCAAGACCGUGAUUCUGUCUUGAACACUCCCGAGGGACGAGAGAGGUUAAAGGAUGCCGGGAUCGCCCCACCCCAAGCGGUGGGUGACUGGCUGGCCGGUGUGUUUGAGAGCCAACUGGAACAGGACGAAGUGGCCAAGCAACUCAGACUCUAUGUACACUCGAAGUAGUAUGUACACUCAAGUAGUUAAAUGUCUAUUUUUGUAGUUUUGUAUUUUUGUAGUUUUGUGUAACUAUGCUUAAUGAGUCUUCAUUGCUAUCUUCA